AUGCGCUUCUCAAACUCAAUCGCGCUCCUUGUGUUUGCCUUCCUUUCGACGAGCCUUGCGUCACCGGUUCCAGGUGAAGCAUUGGUCAACCGCGGUGCCCUCGAUGACCUCGAGCGGCUACCAGCAAGGCGUGAACUAGCAGACCGAGGCAUUACCCCACCGCCGUGGAGGGACCACGUCGAGCCAACCCCCGUCGGAAUCACUCCACCACCAUGGAGAGAUAACCUUCCCGAGCCCACUCCUGCACCUCCAGUCAGACGAGAAGACUCGAGGCCGCCUCCGGCUUGGAGACCCAUCGAGGCCGAUUCAAGACCUCCUCCAGCUUGGAGACCCGUGAAGUGA